GUUGCCUUGAUGUCGUGUAAUUGAGUUUGAUGAGCAGCUUUCACGCCUCAACACCAUCAAUUCCACCAAAAUGUCAUCUUGUCUUGGGUUCCGUAAACGCGGCGAUGACCAGCAGCCGCUGCUGCCCCAGUACCGCGAUGACACGGUCCUACAGAGGGAGCUCCACCAGAAGCUGCACUCGUACCAGAUGAUCCGUGCUCUUGGGAAGGGAUUCAUGCCCUCCAAUGAGCAAGCGAUCAUCAACCUUCGAACCCUCCUCGCCGCCGACAUCCUUAACCCCGACAACCCAGAACUCAGCGACUCCGGACGCCUACUUGUCAAGUUCACCAAGCAAUGGCUUCACCAGUUCAUCGAGCUGUUACAACACAAGAACAGCAAAGAUCAGAUCCAGGACUUCCUCUGGUACUUGUCCAAGGCCCGCGUCGAGGUGGAUGUAGCAGACAUCGCACGUAGUGCUACUCGAUCUAAGGCUAAGGCCGACACAUUCGCAGCCUACCAAAGCCUCCAAACCGUCGGCUCGCUACUGCUCACGAACUCGGACUUCCGCAUCUUCUUGUCAGACCUUAACACUGUUGGCCGGGAAGUGUUCAAGGACACUGCAUUCACAAUUUCAGACGUUGCGAAGGAAGUUGGUAAGAAGGUCGAGCCUUCUGAAGCAGAGCAGAAGGCACUGAAAGAGCCGGGUGCAGAUGCUGGAAACGGCAAGGCUGCGUCGUCUGAGGAGUUGAAUGGCGAGGUUCAAGAGGUCGCUAAAGUUGUUGCGUCAGGUGCCGUCGAGGUAGCUCAAGAGGCCGGCAGUAGCAUUGCCGACAAGCUCCAAGGUGCCGAAGGUGAUUCGCUGCUGUACAGGCUAAAGAAGACCGUCACAAACCUACGACAGAAGCGCGACUACUCCGACUCGGUCUCGACGCUGUCCUUGCUCCUCCAGAGAUAUGCCAGGACAUACUCCCGCAUGGCUGAGGAGGCCGUGGGCACCGUCCAAAAUGAUGUCGACACGAAUCGUGAAAUGGACAAGGCUGUGAAGAACUUCUGGUUGCUUAUGAGUUCGUUCGGUGAUCGCAACGAUUGGAAGGAGCUCGAGACUCGUUUCCACAAGCUCCUGGAGCACUCGAAGAGGGACCCAGCAUUCGAAGACCUACUCAUGGACGUUGGCAACUCACUACAGAAACUCUUGACCGACCCAGACUUCUUCGACCAUGUUGACGAGAAGUUCCAGGAGCUCCGUAAGAAGUCGAGCGGUGUCGGCAAUGACUCUUCACUGCGCAAAGACGUAGAUGCUUUCUUCGAGCAGACUCAGAGGACAUUUGCAGCAGUAGCGCGCGAUGAGGAUGUUGCAAAGCUCAUCCAGUCAACGUUCAGAAUCUGGAGCAUUCUGUCACCUCAGCACAGCUACACCAACACUGAACUGAUCCAGGACGCUAUAAACGUUUUCGUUCCCUUGAUCAUCUCGGCAAUCCAGUACGUUCCCAUUCCGCGUCUCGAGGUGUCCACCCCAGAAGUCGAUCUUCUCUUGGAGAACCUCAUUAUCGAGCCUGGAAAGACCAUCAAUCACACAUCCUUCCUGCCCUUCCGCUUCAAAGUCGAGACAUACAACGACUUCGAGCUACGAAAGGCUCGAUUCCGCGUUGCUUCCAAGGCGACAUCCAAGUUCACAAUCAAGAUCGAUGGGCUCUCUUUCCGUGCCGAUGAGAUUGGUUUCCUCCUACGAGCUCACUCCGGCCUGCUCCGCUUAGCAGAUGAAGGUAUUGCCUCAUUCCAGAUGGACGAGCGUGGCCUUGACAUUCACCUCGACGUCGAAAUUGGCAAGGAGAAGCAAGAGCAGAUGCUCACUCUACGCGCUGUCCGCGUCAACAUCCACAAGCUGAGCUACACAUUGCGCAAGUCCAAGUUUAGUUUCUUCGGCUGGAUCAUGAAACCUCUCCUUCGCCCAGUCAUCCGCAAAGUGAUGGAGAUGCAGUUGGCGAAGGGUAUCGCCGAUGCCAUUCACUCCGCCAACCGCGAGCUUCUAUUCGCGAGAGAGAGGUUGAGGGCUACACGCAUCUCGGACCCUGACGACCUGAGGACAUUCUUUAAGGCUGUUCUUACUCGCCUGACACCAGAGGACGAUCCCGAUCUGUACACUCGUGUCGGUGUUGCCGCACCAGGCAAGGGUGUCUUCGCUGGCAAGUACGCACCUGGCAGUGUUGUCAAGCUGUGGGAAGAGGAAGGUCGCCGGGCGACCGAGAGAAUCGAUGACUGGGACGAGGGUGGCUGGAGGAACGAUGUGUUCGAUCUUCACACACAGAUGCUUUCUUGAACGUAGGCUUCCACAUUCGUCUUCCUUGAGUGCACCUAGGGUUAUGGAGUUUUGAGGCUGCCAAAACACAGGUCUGCUUUCGUCACGCCGUUACACGAUACCUCAGAUUGUAGUAUAUCUAGCAAGCGUACAUGUACACAAUGAUCAUGAUUUAUGAAGUUCCGAGUUCUCGAGCUUUGUUUUCAAGUGUAGCUCCUGAUCACCCACUACAAAAUCGUAUCCAAGUUCAGCAGACUAAUGACAAUGUUUUGGAUGGAUCGAAAGGAACAACUCAAUGAGACGAAGACGAAAGAAGAUAAAUUGGAUGCCAAUAUGUGCCAAUACUCCAAACCAAACCAAUACAACGCUCUAUGCCAAAAUGAGGAUCCAGACACCACUAAAGUCUCAAACCUCAUUUCAGUAUACUAUCCCCCGCCCGUCUCCUAUCCUU